AUGAGACAUAUUUAUUAUUUUAUCUUUUCAUCUUAAUCUUUUGCUGUAUUUCUCUUUAAUGCUCACUGGCAACCUACUUGGACACCAAAUAAUUUCAAGAUCCUAUUGCAACUAUUUGCUUGUUCUAACUUUAUCAAUCCUAAUAUCAUCAUCUUAACAAUUUGUCUUCUUCAUCUUGCACAAUCUACUAUUCUAUAGAGAGUAUACUUUAAGAUAUUUUGGUAUUCUACACCUAAGACUGUGAAUCUAGAGAUUAUCCAAUAUCAGAUUGCUUUUCAGAUAUUUUAACAUUGUAUUGAUAAGAAACUCUGCCAUUAUUCAAACACACUGAUUACUUAUAAUAAUAUUAUUCUUUAACAACUGUCCUUAUAAUUAAAUGAAUUUUUGCUAUUACAUUGA